CGGAAGUACUCCUCCAGCUCGGUCCGCCCGGCCGGAGAUCUCAGUUUUCACCUCCAGGCGACUUGAAUUUCGAGCCUCUUGUAGUCCUGAUGGACAACUUCGCUUUCCUCAAACUGAUCACACUUGGAACUUCCAGGGUUGGAGUUUUAUGCAAUUGAGAGCUGUCGGCACUGCAGAAUUCUAUGUACUAGGAGACAGAGAUUAAAAUGGCUUCCAGAGGAAAGACAGAGACAAGCAAAUUAAAGCAGAAUUUAGAAGAACAGUUGGAUAGACUAAUGCAGCAAUUACAAGAUCUGGAGGAAUGCAGAGAAGAGCUUGAUGCAGAUGAAUAUGAAGAAACCAAAAAGGAAACUCUGGAGCAGCUAAGUGAAUUUAAUGAUUCCCUGAAGAAAAUUAUGUCUGGAAAUAUGACUUUGGUAGAUGAACUAAGUGGAAUGCAGCUGGCUAUUCAGGCAGCUAUCAGCCAGGCCUUUAAAACUCCAGAGGUCAUCAGAUUGUUUGCAAAGAAACAACCAGGUCAGCUUCGGACUAGGUUAGCAGAGAUGGAUAGAGAUCUGAUGGUAGGAAAACUGGAAAAAGACCUAUAUACUCAACAGAAAGUGGAGAUACUAACGGCUCUCAGGAAACUUGGAGAGAAGCUGACUGCAGAUGAUGAGACCUUCUUGUCAGUAAAUGCUAGUGCUGUCCUGAGCCAGUUUGAGAAAGUCUCAACAGACCUUGGCUCUGGAGACAAAGUCCUUGCUCUGGCCAGUUUUGAGAUGGAAAAAGCCCAAAAGUAACAAGCGUGGGAGCUGGUACACUGAACACAUUCCUCCUGUAAAUGGUGGUGUAUUCUGAGGAUUCUGAGUCA